CGUCGCAGGUCUUCCCUUUUCUUUCCCCCAAAUUUCCCUCCCUUCUUCUGUGGGCUCCUCUCAUGCCGCCGCUAAGGCGCUGGAUACAGGGCGAUUUGUGAUCGACCAGAGCCGCAGCUCGAUGAAUAUGGCGUGUAUUGGGGACGCAGACCCUUUCACCGCUGCGAUACCUGCCACCAAAGUUGAACUCACGGUUUCUUGUAGAAACCUGCUGGACAGAGACACGUUCUCCAAGUCUGAUCCGAUUUGUGUGCUGUACACUCAAGGAAUAGCCAACAGGGAAUGGAGAGAGUUUGGCAGAACAGAAGUCAUAGACAACACCCUCAACCCCGACUUCGUCCGCAAAUUCAUCCUGGACUAUUUCUUCGAGGAGAGGCAGAAUCUGCGCUUUGACCUGUACGAUCUGGACUGCAAGAGCGACAACCUCUCCAAACACGACUUCCUGGGCCAGGCCUUCUGCACGCUUGGAGAGAUCGUCGGCUCCCUGGGAAGCCGCCUGGAAAAACCUUUGAUUGGGAUCCCGGGGAAGAAAUGUGGCACCAUCAUCGUGCGAGCAGAAGAGCUGAGCAACUGCAGGGAGUCGGUGAUGUUGCAGUUUUGCGGGAACAAACUGGAUAAAAAGGACUUCUUUGGGAAAUCUGACCCUUUUCUCGUCUUUUACCGCAGCAACGAAGACGGAUCGUAUACCAUCUGCCACAAAACAGAGGUGGUGAAGAACACUCUGGACCCGGUGUGGCAGGCGUUUAAAAUCCCUGUCAGGGCGCUGUGUAACGGAGACUACGACAGGAGCAUUAAGGUGGAGGUGUACGACUGGGACCGCGAUGGAGGCCACGACUUUAUCGGAGACUUCAGCACCAGCUACAGAGAAAUGUCCAGAAGCCAGUCACAGUUCCACGUCUAUGAGGUGCUAAAUCCAAAGAAAAAAGGAAAGAAGAAGAAAAAGUACCAAAACUCAGGAACGGUGACCCUCCUGUCCUGCCUCGUGGACACGGAGCUCUCCUUCCUGGACUACAUCCGAGGCGGGACGCAGAUUAAUUUCACAGUGGCGAUUGAUUUCACGGCAUCAAACGGCAACCCGUCCCAGCCCACCUCGCUGCACUACAUGAGCCCGUACCAGCUCAACGACUACGCCAUGGCGCUGCGGGCCGUCGGGGAGAUCAUCCAGGACUACGACAGCGACAAGAUGUUCCCCGCGCUCGGCUUCGGCGCCAAGCUUCCUCCAGACGGACGCGUCUCGCACGAGUUCGCUCUGAACGGUAAUCCACAGAACCCAUACUGCAGCGGCAUCGAGGGAGUGAUGGAGGCCUAUUACCAGAGUCUCAAAUCCGUGCGUCUCUACGGACCCACCCACUUCUCCCCUGUUAUUAACCAUGUGGCCAGGUAUGCGUCAGCAGUGACGGACGGCUCUCAGUACUUCAUCCUGCUCAUCAUCUCUGACGGCGUGAUCACCGACAUGGCCCAGACCAAGGAGUCCAUCGUCAAUGCUGCUUCUUUGCCCAUGUCAAUUAUAAUAGUUGGGGUUGGACCAGCGGAAUUUGAUGAAAUGAUCGAGCUGGACGGGGACGAGGAGCGGAUCUCGUCUCAAGGACGCUACGCCGAGAGGGACAUCGUUCAGUUCGUCCCCUUCAGAGACUACAUCGACCGGCGGGGAAACCACAUCCUCAGCAUGGCUCGCCUGGCGAAGGAAGUGCUGGCCGAGAUCCCAGACCAGUUCCUGUCCUACAUGAGGACCCGAGGGAUCAAACCGGGCCCGCUGCCGCCUCCUUACACCACCUGCCCCCCGCCGGCCGUGCACCCCCUCCUCUGCAGACGGGUAAGCCGAAUCUAAAGGCCGAGGCUCCGACGCCGGCCAGCCGACUCUACUGGUCUCUACUCUCCUUCCUCUGCUUCUUCUUCUUCCUGCUCUUCACUGGAAGCUUUUGAGCACACGGCGAACCUCGUCCGCUCUCUCAUGUUGCACCUUCCGGAACGUUUGGCCCGCGAGCCGUGGGCGAAAACCCCCGAGUGGGACGAGUCCAGUUUUUAGGAGAAGGGACUUUUCCCGUAGUGGACGAAGGCGGGGGUUUUGACAGUUGGGGUGUGAGAUCACCUACCUCCACCGGGAAGCGUGAACGGGACAGAAACGGACCAAUCGAAGGGUCCAAACUGGGUUCAGAGGCCCUUUUCUGAAACACUGUUCAUCUGCUAUUUCUAUUUCCACUUCCUCUAUCGUUCACAAAAAAAUCAUGUCUCUUCAAUAUAUAAAUGUUUACAAAAUUGAGGACUGGAGCGGAGGAUUUUUUUCAGGAGGACAUUUAUACCGAUCAAUGUGAAAACCUUUCAGAUUCCUAUUUUUCGGCUGCAGAAACUGGAGGUUGUGACUUUGUACAAAGACGUUUUAGGCCCUGGUGCCACGUUCUACGUUACAGAGUGUGUAUCUUUUUUCUUUUUCUUUUUUUGAUAAAUGGAGCAUGUGCUAGUUUAAAAAGAAGCAUGCACUGUUGUCCUGCACUCAGGGCUUUGUCCCUCCCACACAAACCUCCACCGCCACCACCACGACUGCCAUGUUCCAUUAAGAACAAACCCAUCAUGCACCUGAAAUCUUCCCACGCUCCUUACCUUCUGCUCCGUCCACCUGCCUUGACUCAAAAGGAAGCUGUGCUCCCUCAGAGUCCGGUCAAAUCAAAUGCAGCAGGGACCUGAACCAGCCUUACUCUUCUGUCGGAUAACAUUCACAGGCAACGUGUCCACCGUGGGUUCUGGAAACGUGGAUCUCCAAGCCCAGAAGUCAAAAACACACAUCUCACUACCGAACCUGACUGUGUGUUAGAGUCUCUUUGGGUUUUUUUUCGUGGAACAACAUUGUACUUCAGAAGCAUUUGUUCUUUUUGCUUUUACGUCUCUCUACCUCUCACUUUGUUUAGUAUUGCCAAAAAAAACAGGUUGUUUUAAUAACAAAGUGUUGGUGUGUCGAGUCUGUAGAGUUCACAGUUUUACCUUUCUCACAUAGUAUUCGUAAAAUAUUCGCCAAACAGUAAGUUGGGAAUUAUAGCACUUUGGUGGCUUUCCAAUCAAGUGACUCACACCUUUGUGUUAGCAGCACACUGUGAAUAUGUGCACAGAAAACCGUGCAAAGAUGCUUUUAUUUUAGCAGCUACCUAUAUGGAUACAAGUAGUGACUGUUAGUAAAGUUUUUAGUUCAAUUUAUACCAACAAUAUUGUAACUAAAGACCAGUAAUAAUCAGUCACCCUUAAGGUUUAAUUGCAGGUAACUAAUCACCUCCUUAAAGGAAAAGUCACCAGAAAAAAACCUGUGUUUUCUGUAUCAAACUCUCACCUCCUGAAGGCUUUAAAGUUGGCACUGAAUACUUCAGGGAUGACAGCAGCUGUGCUCAGAUUAAAUUCAUAACACUUAUAUUGGAUUCAUGUGGCAAUUCCCCCCUCCCUGUUUUAAUACAUUUAAAUGAGUCUCCAGGUGUUGUGCGCAUUCACAGCUUGUACCCCCAGAUGGAAAAAGCAACUACCAAACCCUUUUAGAGUUUUGUAGGUGGGAUUAAAAAUGCAUGAUUUUACUGUGGUCUAAAUAAAGACAACAGGAAUCUAAUUUUAGCGUGUUUCCCUGAAUACUGCAGCCAGUGCAGUUUAGGUUAGCUAAAACUGGGUGAGAUGCUCUCUAUAUUUUGUUGCAGUUUCAGUAAAAGCCUGACAGCAGACUUCUAAAUUAAGUGUAGUGUAUUAAUGGAUUGUUUAAGGUCGGUAGGUGGGCCGUAACUCUAAUCUACUUGAAAGAGUUCCUCGGUAUCUUGUUGGGAUAGGAACAGCCGUACUUUGCAAUAUUUCUUUAAAAAAGAAGAUAAAAUAAAAUAUAAUGAAUAAUUACCUCCAAAUUGACAACGUACAUGGAGGAAGUCUCUUGAUAUGAGCAAUGACAUCCAACAAGAACACAACAAUUAUUUUAAAAUUCAACAAUUUUUAAAUAUAUUUUCAGAUUUUCUGUUAAAUAUGUUUAUUUUCGUCUUGAGACUGUGUCACUGUUGGAAUCCAUUGUAACUGUUGUGAAGCCGAGCUAACCACAGCUGCUGUUUAUUUUGUAUUUAAGGGACCCCAUUAGAAGCACAUGGGUGGGCCUCUAGUCUUCCUGGGGUUCUGAACAUGGAAAUACAGUACAUAAAUACAAUACAAGCAACGGACAACUUAAGAUACUAAAACAACAGAGUACCUCGAACGGUUAAGGUUAGGCAUUGACCCCAGAUUUCUAAGGUGUAGCAAUGACCCUGAAUUGUUGACCCCGAAUUGCUAAGGUAAGGCAUUGACCCAGAAUUGUUCUCCAAGAACAGUUAAGGUUAGGCAUUGACCAAGAAUUGUUGACCAAGAAUGGUUAAGUUUAAGCAUUGACCUAGAAGGGUUAAGGUAAGGAAUUUACCCUAAACGGUUAAGGUUAGGCAUUGACCUAGAAUGGUUAAGUUUAGGCAUUGACCCAGAAUUGUUGACCCAGAAUGGUUAAGGUUAGGCAUUGAUCUAGAACAGUUAAGGUUAGGUAUUGACCCAGAAUUGUUGACCUAGAAUGGUUAAGGUUAGGCAUUGACCCGGAACGCUUAAGUUUGGGUAUUGAACCCGAAUUGUUGACCCAGAAUGAUUAAGUUUAGGCAUUGACCCCGAAUUGUUCACCCAGAAUGGUUAAGUUUAGGCAUUGACCCCAAAUGGUUUAGUUUGGGCAUUGAACCCGAAUUGUUGAACUAGAAUGGUUAAGGUUAGGCAUUGACCUAGAACGGUUAAGGUUAGGCAUUGACCUAGAAUGGUUAAGUUUAGGCACUGACCUAGAAUGGUUAAGUUUAGGCAUCAACCUAGAGCUGUUAAGGUUAAGCAUUGUCCUAGAGUGGUUAAGUUUAGGCAUUGACCUAGAGUGGUUAAGGUUAGGUAUUGACCCAGAAUUGUUGACCUAGAAUGGUUAAGGUUAGGCAUUGACCUAGAAUGGUUCAGGUUAAGCAUUGUCCUAGAAUGGUUAAGGUUAGGCACUGACCUAGAACGGUUAAGGUUAGACAUUGACCACAAAAUUUUGACCCAGAAUGGUUAGGAUUUGUCCUUCAGUGGAUGAGGUUAGUCAUUGACUUAGUCAUUCAUAACCUGAACUGUUAAGGUUAAGUACUAACCUGGAAUGGUUGAAGUUGGGCAUUGACCACCAAUGGUUUAAGAUAGACAUUGACCUUGAAUGGUUAAGUCAGAAUAGGUUGUUUUUUUUCAGACCUUAGAUUACCUUCUAGAUAUAACCAAUUAAAAUAACAAAACAAACACACAUACAUUCAUAAGUAUAUAGGGGUAUGUGCCUAUGCUGUUAUCUUUGCUGUCCUCUGCAAAAGAGUGAGCUGCGUUCUGUCCAGAGCCUACAGGUGGUGAGUAUAUGAUAUUCUAAAACUCGUUUUUAAUACACAAACCUAAAACAGGUAAUUGCACUGUCACUUUUAGCCAAGUUUCAGGGUGAAACUCAGCCUUGCUGCUUCACCCGUUAAUGUGUACAUGAAAACUUUACAGUGUGACUUUAAACAAAGCACAAACCAUUUCCUUUCAGAACAGCCACCGUACGCAUCCAUAUUCCCCUUUUAUCUCAUGUAAAUGUUUGAAGAACAGCGUUUAUAUAUUUGACUUAUUUGUUUACUACAAACUGUAGAUCCUGUAAGUACCUUUAGGGCCCUAUUCAGUCAAGGAAUCGAUGUAAAAGAAAGUUUACAACGUUUUUUCUAAACUUUCGCCUCAAAAUUACCUGAUACUUUGUGGCUCCAUUAAAACGUAUAAACUGCUUGUAAAAAGAAUUUCUUAGACAUUUAUACACUGUACAAAGUUUUGCCUUUUUUGUGUCAGUAUACUGUAUAUGUACUGCUGCUUCUUAACUGCUGAUAUAAGUCUAACAUUUUAUACUGAGGCCUGUAAUCAUAUUUAAAUCAUGACUAACAGGCCUUAUCCAUGUUUAUACAUAAGUUAUUCAUAUUUAAAUCAUGAACGACAGGCCUGUAUUUUUUUAUAACCCAAUGGUUAGACAAUUAUGUGUGUUCCAUGUAUGUUUAACAGUAGACCUGGUGAUCAAGUACACUCCGUAGCAACGUUUCUCUGCCAAAAUCGACAUAUUGUUCAGUGUAGCGUCUCAUUGUUGGCCGAGAAUCAUUCCAGAAAGCUGGUUAUUCAGUUUGACUGAAUAGGGUCCCUUAGCGCGAGUGGUCCGGUAGAUUUUGUACACUUCUGAAUAGUUUCAUUGCGGGGACCCCGUAGGGGAAAGCGGGGCCAUCGAAUUGCACAAUGUAGCACUGGUCUAAACCAGACCGGAUCAGGAAGGAUCAGUCUUUUUAUAUGUAAAUAUAUAUUCUGUAUAUACUGUACGGAUGUUUUCCGGAGAGGUGACUUGCAGCGAACUGCCGAGACUCUGUGACUCUUCUCCUGAAACACAAGGCAGGGCCUUUCAUUUAUUUAUCACGACACGAUGUCAGCUUCAUCUCACACCCACACUCUCGUAUACACUGUACAUCCAGUACAUGCUAUUGUGUAUGAAACAUGCAUGACACUUACAUAACAAGGCCAGGGUUGAGUGAAGAUUGGGGGGGUUUUCUCGCUUGUUUUCUCAGAGAAACGGUGGUUUCAGAGUCGCAAUAUUUACUUCAGCAUUUACACCUUUUAAAGCAGCAUAUAAUGACAGUUUCAGGUCCAGAAUGUCAAGCUGGUGUGGGAGUUUCAAGAACUCUGAGGCAACUCCAAAGGGAUUAUUUGGACUAAAAGCACUUGGUUAAGGCUGUGCAAUCCUCAAUAAAGUGAUUGACAAUCAUGACACGGGUGAGAAAGCAGCGAUUAUUGAGAUAAUAGUAGGAAUGUCCUUCUGAAACUGUGAAGGGAUCAUUUAAAAGUUUAGGCAUUCAAGGGCCCUCAACAGCCCUUUUCAUCAAUCCAACAAAUGUGACCAAAACACAACAUCCUUCUGGGAGAUAAUGAUGAUAAACAGAAUUGAAACCUCUGCCCUCUUUAGUAACGGCUGCUUCGCCUGUCAAGCUUUCCCUUUCUCACACAACUUUUCUAUCUGAUAACCCUCAACUUUGGGAGCUGAAAUGACAAUUUGUCUUCAGAAGAAGGUUUCUAGCUGUCUUGGGUUAAAACAAGGUAUUUAUUUGUUUAUACCUUAAAAUUUCAACCAUUGGCGCCUGAAAAUGUAUGUUUUAGUUACAUAGAUAAAGAAAAAAACAUGUUAGAGUGAUUCAAUGUGAUAUAUGGAUAGUACUGGCACUUCAAGCACCGCUAGAGCGUUUUCACAAGCCAGGUCUGUUUGGUUCAUCCGAAUCAGAGUGACAUCCAUACUUUUGGUUUGUUUUGUAUUUAGUCUGGUUUCUUUCACAGUGCAGAAAUGUAAGCGGACCAAAUAACAAAAAAGGCGUUUAGGAAGGUUGAAAAUGUACUUGCAGUAUUAUUUGAUAUUGGUUGGAAAGUUGGAAGAGGAAAAUGUUGGCGAAUGCCUAAAGUCAAUGUUUUUGUGAACUUUAUUCAGCUUUUCCUGUUUGUGUUCUUCGUCCCAGACAUCAAGCAAACAUCAGUCAGUUUCAAUCGAACUCUGGUGCUUUUAAAUCCUUGUUACGGUUCGUUUGGUUGUUAUGAACACUCCAAUCGUACUCUGGUCCAGACCAAAACAAGCGGUCCCAGACCUCUUGCAGAGAGGGUCUCGGUCCCAAGUGUAAUUUGAUUCCACUGUGAACGAGAUUCGACGAGAACUUGAACCAAUUAAAGGAAAUUAACCAAAACACUGAGCUAAUUUUGAGCUAACGCUAAUUUGUCAUUGCACAAUUCUCAACGUGUUCAAUAUAACUGAAUAUUUUCCUUUGUGGUAGAAACAGAUCAUGGUAGUAGCGCAUCAAGCCUCAUCCUCACUGAUUCUACAGGUUAGAAAUAAUGGAUCGACACGUUGUUGACGACUCGGAGCCUCAACAGGAGCUCGUUCUGAGCGUUUCUCUCCACUUUAGUUUGGUGAACACCAGAGCAGAUUACGGCUGCUAGAAUCAAACGGACUCAGUUUGCAAUCGGUUCCAUGUUGCUAUGUUUAUUUCCGUGAUUACAUCUUUCACUGCCAACUUUUCAACCAAUAAGAAAUAAUACUGUGAAUAGAUUUUCAGCCCUCCACCUUCGUACACAAAUCUUUUUAUUUUAUUUUGUCUGCUUACAUUUCUGCACUGUGAAAGAAACCAGACUAAAUACAAACCAAACCAAAUGUAUCAAUUUCACUCUGAUUCGGAUGAACCAAACAGACUAAACUUUGGGCAAAUAUGUAAAGGCGCUUUCACAACCCAAACUAGAUUUGUACCAGAUUUCAAGACUUUAGACUAAUCAUAACAAAUAUUGCAGCAUUUUUCUAUAUCACACUAAAUAACCUCAGAAAUGGGUUAAAACAGCCGCCCACACACCUCUCAACAUGUGGAGAAAUCCAAAGCUUGACGAGCAAAGCUCCAAUUUGACAUAAAAGACUUUAUUGAUUUUUAAUUUGACAAACUGUUUUUAACAAUUACAAAUAGGUCAGCCCCCACGAGGAGUUGAUGAACUCUGACUACAAAGCUGCAUCAUAAAAAACACCACAUGACUAACAUAAUAUUCCAUCAUGUGCCGUAUAGUUGUGACAGCAUGUAGAUGUUUGCUUUGGCACGCGUAGGAUUUGCCCUCAGGACGAGCAAACGGAGCUGGCUGUUUGCACAGAAUCCCAGCAGAGUUUGAAGUCUUAACGUAUGCGGAUGGCUCCGUCACGUGCGGCUGCAACGUGUGAAACCACUGUUCCUCCGAGGCUGCGUCGGUGUAGCAGUGACAAUCAAAAGCAUUUAUUGUGUAGGCGACUACAAGGCGGAUAGAAAGAACAACAACCCUGCGCCACUGGUGGACAAACAAGCUUUAAUGAAGCCGGCUCACACCUCGCUGCCUCAUCGUUUGCAUCGUGUCACUCCGCCAAGGCGAUACGUGUCAGCAUGCCAGGCCACAUGAACGCCCACUAAUCUUCACACAUAGGACAUGAAAGUUGUUUACUGUACCUUAUAAUAUUAACAAAGUGGUUUAACUGAAUGCUCGUGAUGAAUAUCCUGUUUUAUUCUGCUGUUUUUUUUUAUUCUUAUAGCAUGCAUUUAGUUUGCAUGUGUGGAUUCUUUUCUAACAGAGGUGCAUCAGUGGAAGAAAUUGUAAUAAUAUGACAUCUUUUACGUGUUAUUUCUGAGUAUUUUAGACAACUUUUUUGCCUUAAAAAUCUCACUUUGGAAUUGUGCAAUGCCUUCAGAUGUUUCUUUUGAAGUCUUUCUUUUUUUUUCUUCUCUUUCUUUCUUUUGUUGUUGGUUACGCUCAUGCACAGCCACUCAUCAGACAUCAUCUCACAGCAUUGUUCUCU